AGUCCAAAGAGUUGGGCAGUGAGAAGUCGGAGUUACGGCAGGAGAAGGCGGCCUUGAAGGUGGAGAUAGAGGCGCUGCAGGCGCAGCUGCAGGACAGGAUCCAAGCACUCAUGCCCUGGAUGCACCAUGCUUCUGUCACUGGUGGUGCGGAUGCUGCCACUGGUGGUGCUGCUGGUGCUGCUGCUGCUGGUGCUAGUGCUGCUGCUGGCACUUUUGGUGCUGAGGAUGCUGCUGCUGCUGCUGCAUGUGCUGGUGCCGGUGCUGCCAAUGCUACCAGUGCUGCCAGUGCUGCUGGUGUCGCUCUUGCACCUGCAUCCCCAGCCUUGGCUCCUACAGCUUCUCACACCCCCUCCCACCCGCACCUCCCCUCCCCUCCUCAGUUUGCACCUGCGUCCCCAGCACUGGCCCCUACAGCUUCGCUUCCCUCUGCUCCUCCUCCCUCUCUCGCUCCUCCUGCUACUACCCCCCCUGCCUCACUGCCCCUUGCAUUCUUUGCUCCCGCUUCUGCUCCUCCUGCUCCCGUUGCUGCUGCUUCGUGCUCGACCCUGCAGCAGCAGCAACAGCAACACCAGCAGCAGCAACAGCACUAUCAUUAUCAACAGCCGCAGCCGCAGCAGCAGCAGCAACAUCAAUACUAUAUGCAACAGCAGCAACAAAAAUCGCAGCAGCAACAGCAACAAGAUCAUUAUCAACGACAGCAGCAGCAGCAGCAGCAGCAGCAGCAGCAGCAGCAACAGCAACAACAACAGCAACAGCAACAGAACCAGCAGUACUAUCAGCAGCAGCAGCAGCAACAACAGCAGCAACAACAGCAACAUCAACAGCAGCAGCAGCAUCAGCAGCAGCAGCAACAACAGCAGCAACAACAGCAACAUCAACAGCAGCAUCAUCAGCAGCAGCAGCAGCAGCAGCAGCAACAACAACAGGAGCAUCAACAGCAGCAGCAGCAGCAGCAGCAGCAGCAGCAGCAGCAGCAGCAGCAGCAGCAACAGCAGCAGCAGCAGCAGCAGUGUGAGCAGCAACUUUUCACAGCUCACUCUUCCGAUCUGCAAGCUCACGCAUUUCUUCCUGCCCACCAGCAAGUUACCGGCCCUCUCACCCACCAGCAAGGCACAGACCCACUCAACCACCAGCAAGGCACAGGCUCACUCACCCACCAGCAGCACACAGGUAACCAGCAGCACACAGGUAACCAGCAGCACACAGGUAACCAGCAGCACACAGGUAACCAGCAGCACACAGGUAACCAGCAGCACACAGGUAGCCAGCAGCACACAGGUAGCCAGCAGCACACAGGUAGCCAGCAGCACACAGGUAGCCAGCAGCACACAGGUAGCCAGCAGCACACAGGUAGCCAGCAGCACACAGGUAGCCAGCAGCACACAGGUAGCCAGCAGCACACAGGUAGCCAGCAGCACACAGGUAGCCAGUCACACAACCACAGUCUACCCCCUCCUCCUCCUGCUCCUGUUCCUGCUGCUGCUCCCCCCCGUCUUCCUCCCCCUCUAAACCCUCCUGUUCCUCCUCCUGCCCCUCCCCAUCUUCCUCCUCUGAAUUUUCCUCUUCAUAUUCCCCCUCCUCCCCCCCAUCUCCUGCAUCCGCAGCAGCAGCUAGUGCAGCAGCAACAGCAGCAGCAGCAGCAGCGACCGCAGCAGCUUGGAAUUCCAAAAAGCUUUCGCAUGGGUAACCCCACGUACACCACGCCCACACACAGCACUCCCGCACUUUCUACCCACUCGCUCACGAUUCAACCACACACUACACAUGCGCCUAUGCAGACAGGUCAGCAAUGGAGUGCGACAGGUCAGCAAGGGAGAGCGGCCGGGCAGCAAGGACAUGUGGCUGGGCAGCAAGGAAAUGUGGCCGGGCAGCACGGAAAUGUGGCCGGGCAGCAAGGAAAUGUGGCCGGGCAGCAAGGAAAUGUGGCUGGGCAGCAAGGAAAUGUGGCUGGACAGCUCUCACUGUCACUGGCAUCAUUGUUGCAGUCCCCUUUGGUUGCCGGUCAACCCAGUCAACACAGUCAACCCAGUCAACCCAGUCAACACAGUCAACCCAGUCAGCCCAGUCAACCUGGUGCAAGAGGGCAGCAGCAGCAACAGCAGCAUUUUGAGAGGUGGACGCAACAACAGACAGGAGCGCAGAGCCGCGUGGCACAACCGCUGCUGAAGAUUCCUCCUCCUCUCCGGGUGCCACGACUACCGCACAUGCAACAAGCGCAACAGCCACAGCAGGCACAGCAACAAGCACAGCAACAUCAUCAGCAUCAGCCGUUGAAUCAGCAACAGCAACAUCAGCAGCAGCAACAACAGCAGCACCAGCAGCAGCAACCGCAGCAACCACCAGCACUGGUUCUCCCUUUGCCAAACACCACACCUCGCAACUGCACGCCUGCAGUCACCACCCCUGCUGACUUCAAUGCCACUACUAACGUUGCCAAGACAGCCAGUGUUGCUAGCACUGCUCGCAUUGCCAACGCUGCUAAUGCGAAUACUGGUAGGGUUGCUAGCACUGCCAAUGCUGCGAGUGCAUCAGGCACUGCUGCUAGCAGCCCCAGCCGGAGCGGGCUUCUGAGGCUGCCUCUUGCUCCCAGCCCCAGAGCGCUUUCACGCACCAUAAGCCCACCCGGCACAGGACCGACGGGUAAAUUACCCAGAAAAUUGUUGAUUCCCCCUAUGUUGAGCCCUAGAUCAGUGGCGGCACAACAGAUGGGUAAAUCACACGUACUGUUGAUAAGUCCGCCCAGAGUAAGCUCCAGGCAGAAUCAGCUUACACCUGUUGCACACACAACGACGCCAGCCUGUGCUGGAACAGUCACUGGUGCUCCAACUGUAACCGGUGCUGCUAUGGUAACUGGUGCUGCAACCAUUACAAGGCCAGCAGGAGCUGCUGGUGCAGGGAGGACUCCUGGCACCAGCAACGGACCUCUCAUCAGUCCCUUUUCUCACGGUGCCACAGCCGUGCCUACUGCUGUUGCUACAGCCAUACCUAGUGCUGCUGCCUCAGCAUUUCCUGCUGCUGCUGCGUCAGCAGCUCCUGCUGCUACAGCCGUGCCUACUGCUGCUGCUAUAGCCGUGCCUACUGCUUCUACAGACGUGCUGAGUGCUGCGACAGCAAUAUCUCCUGCUGCUGGACCUCCUUUGCUCGCUGCAACAACCGUUCCUCCUCCCACCCCUGCUGCUGCUGCUGCUGCUACAACUGCUUCUACAACUCCUGCUGCUACAAGUGCUGCUACUGCUGCUGCUGCAGCAGCCACUUCUGCUUUGCCCGCCACAGCCGCAGCAACGUCUUCCCCGCAGCAGUGACAAGAGCAGCAGCCACUGGUGCAGGAGCAGGGGCAGAUGAAACACUGGCAGCAGAAGGAACAGGAGCAGCUUGGGAGAGCAGCUGGAGAGGAGACUCAAUACUGCAGCAACAGGACGAGCAGCAGGAGCAGGAGCAGGGGCAGCUAAAACUAUGGCAGCAGAACGAACAGGCGCAGCUUAAGAGAGGAGCUGGAGGGACAGAUUUCUCAUACUGACAGUCUCGCCUUGACCCUUGUGACCUAGUCGGUCAGCCUCCUACACGGGUUUUCAAAGAACCUCCAUCUACCACUUGCUCCGUUACAAGGUUGAGCAUAUACGGAUUAUCUUGAGCGCACAGCGGGCUUGAAUGAAAUGCAGAAGCCUGCACGUGUGUGCGCUGCUCAUUGCCUCAGCUUGAUACCAUGAAUUGUUAUGGCAUGGGAUAGGUGUGUCAAAGUAAGAACUGAAUGAUCAACUAGAAGGAGAAACCUAGAACAAAUACUAGUUGGUUGUACUCACUAGAAGCAUACCUCAGUCUAGUCUAUAACUUCUACAUAGC